AAUUUCAGGUUCCUCUUUGUGUUGUGUCCGGCAGAGCCGGAUUAAGAGGGGGGCCAGAGGCACAGGAGACGAGUUACUCCAGCCUCCCACAUACUGCCUUUAAUCGUGCGCUGCAGUGCUGAGCUAGAAAAGAAGAGGCAGCCGAGGUCUGAAAAGGGGGCGGGGCUACACGGCACUGUACUGUACACAGUGCCAGGCCAGCCAGCUGCAUGGGAGGGAGGAGUGUAGAGCAGCAGCACAGCCUAAAAUACCCAAAUAAGUGAAAAGUAGGAAAAUGCCUAGCUAUCUCCUCCAUAAGAAGCUCCAGCAGCUACCAGCCAUUUGCCCUUAUAGAGUUGAUUCGUCCCUGUGGGUGUCUUCUACUAUGUUAAGUUGGUCUAAUGAUGACAGUCAUUCUCGCUAGGCUCCUUUUUGGAUAUCUUUAUAUCAUACAGCUACAGAAUGAACAUAUCCGCAAUAUUUAAUGCUUUGCUUGUAUCCAUUCUGGCGGCAGUGCUAUGGAAACAUGUCAAGUUAUGGGAACAGUACUCUGUUAUUGAGGAGGAGCUGGACCUCACUCGUCAGUCCCAGGAACUGUCACAGGUACACAUAGACUAUCAAGCUGCUUUAUACGCACUUGUGGAAGAUGGCACUAAAAUGGUUUGUACAGGCAGGAUGCAUACAGAUCGCGUGUGUCGCUUUGAGUCAUUGUGUUACUCGUCUGAAGCUGAAGAGUUUGUCUUCUUUCAUAGCAACUCCUCAAUCAUGCUGCCAAACCUGGGCUCUAGGCGCUUCCAACCUGCACUGCUAGACUUGUCUUCAGUGGAUGACCACAAUACACAAUAUUUCAACUUUGUAGAGCUUCCAGCUGCUGCGCUGAAAUUUAUGCCCAAGCCAGUCUUUGUUCCAGAUGUUGCACUGAUAAUGAACAGGUUUAAUCCAGACAACUUAAUGCACGUGCUUCAUGAUGACCUUCUCCCCAUAUUCUACACCAUGCAGCAGUUCCCAGACCUAGACCUGGAUUCUCGUCUCUUCUUUAUGGAAGGCUGGGGUGAGGGAUCCCACUUUGACUUGUACAAGCUCAUGAGCAAUAAGCAGCCUCUCAUGAGAGAGCAGUUAAAGACUCUGGGUAGACUUCUCUGCUUUACCAAGUCUUAUGUUGGGCUAACAAAAAUCACAACAUGGUAUCAGUACGGUUUUGUCCAACCACAGGGUCCAAAGGCAAAUAUACUGGUUUCCGGGAAUGAAAUAAGACACUUUUCAAAAUUUGUUUUGGGAAAGUUGAACAUUAGUUCUGAUCAGAGUACCACAGAAGAUUACAUAGUGCUGUUCAGUCGAACAAUGAACCGACUUAUUGUAAAUGAGGCAGAAUUACUCUUGGCUCUUGCUCAGGAAUUCCAAAUGAAAACGAUCACUGUCUCUCUGGAAGAUCACUCUUUUGCCGAUAUUGUGCGCUUGAUCAGCAAUGCUUCCAUGAUUGUCAGUAUGCAUGGGGCACAGUUAGUUAUGUCUCUUUUUCUGCCAAAGGGUGCAGUUGUGGUAGAGCUUUUUCCGUAUGCCAUAAAUCCGGAUCAUUACACGCCAUACAAAACUCUAGCAAAUCUUCCGGGAAUGGAACUGCAGUAUGUUUCUUGGCAGAACAUGAAGGAGGUGAACACAAUUACAUACCCCGAGAGGCCGUGGGAACAAGGUGGGAUUGUGCACCUGGCUGUAGUUGAGCAGGAGCGUAUAAUGAAAAGCAAAGAAGUGCCACGCCACCUGUGCUGCCGAAACCCUGAGUGGCUUUUCCGCGUAUACCAGGACACAAGGGUAGAUGUCUCCUCUCUUAUCCAAGUUAUAAGAAGUGUUGUUAAAACGAAGCCUGGUUCUAGGAAGCAGAAGUGGGCUAAUGGGCUGUAUCCUGGGAAGGUAAGGGAAUCCAGGUGCCAAGCUUCUGCCCCAGGUGCAAGUGUAACCAAGUUGUCUGUGUCGUGGCAAAUACCUUGGAAUCUCAAGUAUUUGAAAGUCAGAGAUGUGAAAUAUGAAGUAUGGCUACAGGAGCAAGGUGAAAACACUUAUAUGCCUUAUAUAUUAUCUUACCAGAACCACACGUUUUCUGAAAACAUUAAACCAUCAACAACAUAUUUGGUGUGGAUCCGUUGCAUCUUUAAUAAAAUACUCCUUGGACCCUUCGCAGAAGUAUUAAUGUGUAAAACAUGACAUUCAUUAAUAGGACAAUUCGGGAUCCACCACAAGAUAUUGUACCUCUGGCAAGGGUAUUGGCACCACUGGCAGAUCAGGUUUUCUAUCUUUUGAAAAAUGUGCACAUUUCUACAUAUAUAAUCAAAACUACAGUCCAAUUAUCUGAUUACAUUUAUUAUUAGACUAGUUUACCAUAAUAAAUAAGACAUAUGGACAAAAUAAGAAAAUAACAUACAAUAGUAAAAAAAAAUGCUAAAUGUAUAUUAUGAAUACAUUCACCAGUAAAUUUAUUAGAUUGUUUUGGGUUUAUUAUAUUGUUUUGCUAUAGACAAUAUGAACAGAUUGUGAAUAUAUUUGCUAUCAUGUGGCUUAUGUGAACCAUUUGUAUGUUACUUUAGACAAUCUUAAUAAUUUAAACAAUGUGUUUAUUUGAUUACUGUAGUAUUACUUUAUUUUCUGCUAUUUUAUCAUCCAUUUAUAUUUGUCAUUGUAAAUACAAGUGCAUAGUUUCUUCAGUUACUAUAUUAUAGUGUAUUUAUGUGAAA